AUAUUGCAAGAAUAAUUUUAAAAGGAUGUAGAAACUUAAAAGAGGGGUGGUUUAUGUAUUGAUGACAUCACAUGUGGCGGAAGAUGCCUAGUGGUACCCAGCCUAUGUGAGCCAUCUGAAGACCCAACCUGGGAGCGUAAUCAGGGAAUAUUCUCAAGUGAUCCAAACCUCAACAUGGCCUUCCAUAAUUAUUAUAAGGUGUUUGUCCCAUACUGCAGCAGUGACAUCUAUGUUGGAGAUAAAGAAGCAGAAGACGCAAAUAUAGAUUUCCAUUUCAGAGGGUAUACCAUUAUGGAAGCAGUCAGGAGAGACUUGGAACAACAUGUUAACCUUGGUGAAGCAGCAAAUGUGAUCAUAUCGGGGGGUAGCGCUGGGGGUAUGGGGGCGAUGCGUCACUGUGACGUGUGGGCAAGAGCUUUACCCAGAGCUGGAGUGAAGUGUAUCCCAGAUUCUGGAUCAUUCAGCCCAUAUAAUCUGGCUGCAGCAGAGGAGGAUUGUAUAGGAAUUGGGGGAGACUUUGACUUUGCUGGUACCCAGGAAUACUGGAAUGCAAGCAUACCUGCAGAAUGCUAUGAUCAAAGACCUGGAUCUCAUGAGCAGAAGAUUAAGGAUUGCAUAAUGCAGAGUAUUGCUUACAAAUAUGUGCAGAGUCCUCAGUUCAUUGCCACCUACAAGUUUGAUUCAUUCUUUGCAGCCCAGUGGUGCUAUCCUGAAUGUGGCGAGGCCAACCGUACAAGCUACCAUGACCGCUGGGAUGCAGCAAUGAAUGAGAUUGUCAAUGAAGUAAGAACAAGCUACAACCAUGUAGGUCUAUUCAUGCCAAGCUGCUGGGGACAUGUUUUGAAUGGCCGCGAUGAUUCAUAUUCUCAGUUCACGGCUGGAAGUGAGGGCCUCACGUACAAUCAAGCAGUGAAUAACUGGAUGACGGGCACUGGUAGCAGACAUGCUGUAGAUGAAUGUGGUGCUUUGUGUAACAAUAACUGUGGGGGUGAUGAUUGUUUUUAGAAUAUUCCAGCAGUGAUCUCCCCAGUUUUUUCCCUGAAGAGGGCGCUAAAGACUGGUUGUUUGAUCGUUAUUUUGACUAAACCUCAUAUUGUAAUCAUGUUAUAAUAAAUGUCAAAUGACUGAAUGAAAAAUAUGAACUGUAUAUGUUGGUGAUAUAAUUGAUGUGCAUCUCCUAGCUAUUGGUAGAUGGUAUGAA